UGUGUGUGUGUUUUUUUUUUUUUCAAAAAAUAACGCAGACCAAAAAUCUGAUUUACGUUUAUACAAUCUGAAAUAAAAUCCGCACGGUCCGAUAACGCUCGACAUUCAAGGACAAUCAAUACGACAUGCAGCGGAAGUGGACUUUCAUAGAGCCUUUUUAACAAGACCUUGUUUUAAACAGCGAAAUUUGGAAGGAGUUUUUUUUCCUCCACUACUUCUACUUUGCAGCUGUCAGACUCGUUUGCCUUUUUUUUGUUGCAAGGGCCUGGCACCGAUAUGGACACGGGCCUGGACCAACCUUGCCACGUUUAGAACUCUUCAAACUAAACGUUGUAUUUUAGUUUCGCAUACUUUUCGUUUGGAUGUACCUAGUUACAUUUUUAAACCCUUAUCCUCUGCGGCAUCCUGUGGAGGCUGGCUAAUCUGUUGCCGCAUUUGUCUUUUUGCAGCCGAUUUUGUUGCCACUCAUACAAGGGAAAACGGGGUUUUUUUCCCUUAAAAAAUGUGGGUUUUGAGUCGUCUACGCGGCCUCACGGGAUUCUACGUUUGUGAGAACUUGAGAAGGAACACGUCUUUUCUUUGAAGUGCGCUUCAGCGUCCACAAGAAGAAAGGGACAUUUUGGCUAGCUAGCUACCGCUGGCUGCUAAGCUAGCUAGCCCGCUGGCUCGUCCGUGAGCCGUUUAUUGUUCGGAACGGAACUCGGCUUUAACAACGAAACAUGUCAGCUGGAGAAAGUUUGGAGGCUCGAUUUGAAAAAAUCGACGCCAUGCUGAAGGACCCCAAGUCAGAAAUAAACACGGAUUGCCUCUUGGAUGGCUUGGAUGCGCUGGUGUACGACCUUGACUUCCCUGCCCUGAGGAAAAACAAGAGCAUUGACAACUUCUUGAAUAGAUAUAAGGAUACCAUUAGUAAAAUCCGGGACCUUCGCAUGAAAGCAGAGGACUAUGAGGUGGUUAAAGUCAUUGGCAGGGGAGCAUUUGGAGAAGUGCAGUUGGUAAGACACAAAGCCACAAGAAAGGUGUAUGCCAUGAAGCUGCUAAGCAAGUUUGAAAUGAUAAAGAGGUCAGAUUCUGCUUUCUUUUGGGAAGAGAGAGACAUCAUGGCCUUUGCCAAUAGUGCCUGGGUUGUGCAGCUCUUCUUUGCAUUCCAGGAUGACCGCUACCUCUACAUGGUGAUGGAAUAUAUGCCCGGUGGGGACUUGGUCAACUUGAUGAGCAACUACGAUGUCCCGGAGAAGUGGGCCCGCUUCUACACAGCCGAGGUGGUGCUGGCACUGGACGGGAUCCAUGCCAUGGGCUUCAUCCACAGGGACGUUAAACCUGAUAACAUGUUGCUAGAUAAAGCAGGCCACUUGAAGCUGGCAGACUUUGGGACCUGUAUGAAAAUGAACAAGGAUGGUAUGGUACGAUGUGAUACAGCAGUGGGAACUCCAGACUACAUUUCACCGGAGGUACUAAAAUCCCAAGGAGGAGACGGUUAUUAUGGCAGAGAGUGUGAUUGGUGGUCAGUGGGAGUCUUCCUGUACGAAAUGCUUGUGGGUGACACACCUUUUUAUGCGGACUCACUGGUGGGGACGUACAGUAAAAUCAUGAACCACAAGAAUGCCCUGACCUUCCCUGACGAUAGUGACAUCUCCAAGGAUGCCAAGAAUCUCAUCUGUGCUUUCCUGACUGACAGGGAAGUGCGACUUGGCCGGAAUGGCGUGGAUGAGAUCAAGAGGCAUCCUUUCUUUAAGAAUGAUCAGUGGACAUGGGAGAACAUCAGAGAGACGGCUGCCCCGGUGGUGCCUGAGCUGAGCAGUGACAUUGACACCAGUAACUUUGAUGACAUUGAGGAGGAUCGGGGAGAGGAGGAGACUUUCCCCAUACCAAAGGCUUUUGUGGGAAAUCAGCUUCCUUUUGUAGGUUUCACCUACUACAGCAGUCAACAGCUGCGGCGCUGCUCCAGUACCAAGACCAGUGACAAACGCAGCAGUUCCACAAAGGAGGACAAGAGCCAUCUGGAGAACCUACAGAAGAGGAUCUAUCAGCUGGAAGAGCAGCUCCACAGUGAGAUGCAGCUGAAGGACGAAAUGGAGCAGAAGUGCAGGACCUCAAACACAAAGCUUGACAAGAUCAUGAAAGAAUUGGAUGAAGAGGCCAACCUGAGGAAAAGUGUAGAGGCCAGCACGUCUCUGUUGGAAAAGGACAAGAUGAUGCUCCAGCACAGAUCCACAGAGUACCAAAGAAAAGCAGAUCAGGAAGCAGAAAAGAGGCGCAAUUUGGAGAAUGAGGUGUCCACUUUGAAGGAGCAGCUUGAGGAUAUGAGAAAGAUCAGCCAAAAUUCUCAGGCCUCUAAUGACAAGAUAACCCAGCUGCAAAAUCAGUUGGAGGAGGCCAAUGACCUGCUACGGGCAGAGUCGGACACAGCAGCUCGGCUGAGGAAGAGUCACACGGAAAUGGCAAAAUCAAUGAGCCAACUGGAGAGCCUGAACCGCGAGCUGCAGGAGAAGGGCCGUGCAGCAGACGGAGAGAAGUCCCAGCUAGAGAAGGAACUCCUCCUUCUGCAAAGCACCCUGGAUUCAGAGAGGAGGAACUACAGCCAGGGCUCUGAGGAGAUCAGAGAACUUCAAGCAAGGAUGGCAGGGCUGCAAGAGGACAACAAGAGCUUGAAGGCUAGCCUGUCCAAAGUGGAGGCAGAACGCAAACAGGCCCAGGAAAGGAGCAACAACUUAGAGAAGGAGAAAAACAGCUUAGAGAUAGAUCUGAACUACAAGCUGAAGACCUUGCAGCAGCGCCUGGAGCAGGAGCAGACUGAGCACAGGGUGACGCGGGCCCAGCUCACCGACAAAUAUGAGUCCAUUGAGGAGGCCAAAUCAGCUGCCAUGCAUGCGGUGCAGCAGAAGGUCUCUGAAGAGAACGGGGCAAGAAUGCGAGCAGAGAGCCGGGUGGUGGAGGUGGAGAAGCAGUGCUCCAUGCUAGAGUUUGACCUCAAACAGUCUGUGCAGAAGAUGGAGCAGCUGAUGAAGCAGAAGGAGAGGUUAGAAGAUGAGGUGAAAAGUCUGCGGAUGCAGUUGGAGCAGGAGUCCAGCAAGCGCAUCCUGGCCCAAAAUGACCUGAAGAGCCGCACCCAGGAUGCAGAGCGUUUGAGGAGUUCGGAGAAACAGCUCAAACAGGAGAUAAACACAGCAUUAGAGAACAAGCGCUCGCUGGAGUUUCAACUUGCACAGCUUACCAAGCAAUACAGGGGCAACGAAGGACAGAUGAGGGAACUUCAAGACCAGCUUGAGGCCGAACAGUAUUUCUCUACGCUUUAUAAAACUCAGGUCAAAGAAUUGAAAGAGGAGAUCGAGGAAAAGAACCGGCAGGUACAGGAAGCUCAGAAGAAGGUGCAGGAGAUGCACAGUGAAAGGGACUCCCUGACUGCCCAGCUUGAUCUGACAGUAACCAAGGCAGAAUCAGAGCAGCUGGCAAGGGCACUUCAGGAGGAGCAGUACUUUGAGCUCAGCCAGGAGAACAAGAAGGCAGCAGCUAGACACAAGCAGGAGAUUGUGGAGAAGGAGGCUACCGUUGCACGGCUUGAGGAAUCCAAUAAAACCCUUACCAAAGAUGUGGAGAACCUCAGCAAGGAGAAGACAGAGUUAGCUGAGAAGCUUCAUACUCAGGAUGAAGAGUAUGUAGCUCAGAAAGAGGAGAUUGCAAACACAAUCAAGGCCAACUACGAGAAGGUCCUCAACACAGAGCGCACAUUGAAGACUCAGGCAGUAAACAAGCUGGCAGAGAUCAUGAACCGCAAGGACAUGAAGCUGGAUCAGAAGAAGAAGGGCAGCACAGCCGACCUGCGCAAGAAGGAGAAGGAGAACCGCAAGCUGCAGUUGGAUCUCAACCAGGAGAAGGAAAAAUUUAACCACAUGGCCAUCAAGUAUCAAAAGGAACUGAGUGAGAUGCAGGCGCAACUGGCAGAGGAGUGCACGUACCGUAAUGAGCUGCAGAUGCAGCUGGACAGCAAGGAGAGUGAUAUUGAGCAGCUACGGGAGAAACUGAAUGACCUGCAACUGCGUAUGGACAACUCAAGUGUUACAAGCUUACAGACGGAUGAAACGGACAGCAACAUCGCAGAAUCCAGGCUGGAGGGCUGGUUGUCUAUUCCUAACCGUGCAAAUAUCAAACGAUAUGGAUGGAAGAAGCAGUAUGUGGUGGUGAGCAGCAAAAAGAUUCUGUUUUACAAUGAUGAACAGGAUAAAGAACAAUCCAACCCUUCAAUGGUACUUGAUAUUGACAAACUGUUCCAUGUUAGACCGGUCACCCAGGGAGAUGUGUACCGGGCUGAAACAGAGGAGAUUCCAAGGAUAUUCCAGAUUCUCUAUGCCAACGAGGGUGAGUGCAGGAAGGAGGUGGACAUGGAGACUGUCCCUCAGGGUGACAAGACCAACUGCCUCCCCCACAAGGGCCAUGAAUUCAUCCCCACGCUAUAUCACUUCCCUUCCAACUGCGAGGCCUGCGCCAAGCCACUGUGGCACGUUUUUAAGCCUCCGCCUGCCCUGGAGUGUCGCCGAUGCCACGUCAAGUGCCACAAGGACCACCUCGACAAAAAGGAGGAUGUUAUUGCCCCUUGCAAAGUAAACUACGAUGUGACCUCUGCCCGGGACAUGCUCCUGCUAGCCUUGACCCAAGACGAGCAGAAGAAAUGGAUUGGCCAUUUGGGCAAAAAGAUCCCUAAGACGCCACCAACCACGUUUUCCAGGGCCUCACCCCGUACCAUGUCCACUCGCUCUGGAGCAAACCAGUCCUUCCGCAAGAACCCCAAAAGCAUUACAGGAAAGCCAAGCUAACCAUCUGAACUGUUGGAUUCUUUCUGGACUGUUUUUUCCUGCUCCCUUCUUUCCUCUCAUCAAAAAAAGUGGAUUAUCUUCUAUUACAUACAAAGGUCCAUUAAAACAAAUAACCAGCGCUGGAAAAUUUGGACAUUUGUCAGACGCAAGGCAUCAGGGACAUUGAGAAGCCUGUUAUCAUCUCCCUCGCUCCCUCCUCAGGACCCAAGAGACAUCUCGACCCAAGAGACAUCUCAUCCCUCACUUGACAUCAAACACACACACACACACACACAUACAGAGCUCUUCAUAUCUUAAAGCAGAUGGUUCACAUCUUGAACCAAAUGAUGGACAAGGGAGAGAGUGAGGGACUAAUGCUAUGGGUACAUAUUGCGUACAAUCGACAGUUGUAACCAGAAUGGAAUGGUCAAAGGGGAGUUUUCCUAGGACUCUUGCUUGUAUGUACAUGGUCAACACAAGGGUACUGUCACAGGGACUGGCUUAAACUAUGGGUGAGUGGAUGCAUCUCAGGGGUGGAGAAUGAUUUUGUUUUUUUGUAUUUUCCUUCCCUGCCUAAAGAAAAACAAAUAUUCUUGCCAAGUACAAGAAUACUUCUUUUUCCAGCUAAAAUGACUUUGAUGCCUUCAUCUGAUGGACUCUGGUGGCCUUUUCACCUCUAUUCUUAUUACUCUGCGAGUCAGUUAUCAGGGUUGAGACAGAGUAUUGGGAAAGGAGUAUUAGAUGUUUUGAGUAUUGAGUGAGGAGCAUGCAAGAUCAUUUAAAUCUAUGCAUUAUUUUUAUUAUAAUUAUUUUUAUUGCUCCAAGCCAUAAGGAAAUUCCAUUGUAUUGGCAUAUAGGAGACCUAAAACUUCAUUGAUUUUUUUUUUCCUGUGUGUUCAUUGGGUACAUUGUUUCUGUAAUAUUUUUUCUUGUAUUGUUUAUUUUUUGUAAUGUAUUGCCUUACAUUGAUUCAUAGAUAAAUGGUUCAAAAGGAAAACAUUAAGUUAACAAAUGUAAAACUGCACUGUUUGAAUUGUAAAUUAUUUGUAGAAGACUAAACAGGUGUAGCAUUUCGCCCACCUAGUGCCUUAACGUUUGGAUAACGAUUUUACUGCCAUAUCCGUUUGUGGUUUUUCUCCAAAACAAGACAAAUCUUAACGCUUCCAUCAUUUAUUUUAAAAAAAAAAAUUCUGAUAAAACCACAAUUCACACUGGGUUUUAUCAGACCUUAUCAGGUUUUGAGUGUAUAACUAUAUAAUAUAUAUAUAUAGAUAUACACACAUACACAGUGUGUGUGGACAUUUUGCAAUGGAGUUAGUAUGUCUAAACAGUUAACAUAACUCCAUUAUCAGAUGACAAGUUUCGGGGUGCGUUACCUAAAACAAUGCUAAGACGUGUCAGUGACUGCCCUUGUCAGCGAAGUUCUCUUACGGUAAUGUCCCGUGAAUGCAUCCCCCCUCAUACUGUACAUAAUUAGAGAGACAUAAGGAUUAUGGAAUACCUCCGCAAUAAUCUGUUGGAUUUUUUUUUUACAUUUUUGUUCAGUUGAAAAAGCACUGGAACUAUAUGAUCUCUUAUUUUGUCUUGGAUUAAUUGCAUGUUAAGUUGCAUUGGAGGCCGCACUGAUGGAUAUGUGUCAAUAAACAUAUCUUUAUCAUUCAUUGUACUUGAUUUCAGUGCUUUUGAUGUGGGUGAGAGGUUUAGAUCGCACUCUGGUUUCCGGCACACAUGCAAUAGUGAGAACCUAUCAUAGUGAUGUGGUCCGAGGGGACUCCGGCCGGAAGCCUGAUCUUG